UGUGACCCGAACACAAGCACUUAACACUCUCAAGUAGAUGACUGUUGAUUGCUGUUGAUCUCCUUGUUCAUAAGCAUUGAGACGUUGUGCGAGUUUUUCUGGGUGGUAAGCAAGAUGAAGGUCCUGGCUGUGUUGGUCGUCUUAGCGGCGACGCUGCUAGAUCUCGCAUUAGGACAGACAGUGGCCGAGCAGUACUUGAAACCUCACAACGAUGCGCGCGCAGCAUUCGGCGCUCCUGCCUUGCAGUGGAGCACUAAGUUGCAGACUUACGCCACCAACUGGGCGAACAACCGCUCCACGAAGGCUAAUUGCGCAUUGUCGCAUUCGAAAGGAGCAUACGGCGAGAACAUCUAUUGGUCCAGUGGAUCGUCCACCCCCCAAGAUGCCGUCAAGGCCUGGGUAGCCGAGAAGCAGUGGUACAACGUCGCUAGCAACACUUGCCAGACUAACAAAGUCUGCGGCCAUUACACACAGGUCAUUUGGAGGAAUACCAAGUUCGUUGGGUGCGGAUCGGCGAACUGCCCGGGAGGCGGCAAGUUUGUUGUGUGCAGCUACGAUCCUCCAGGUAACGUUAUCGGUCAGAGGCCAUAAAUGUAACCCAAAACAGACGUUGCUCGCAGUAAAGGGUAGCCAUGCGGAGGAUUAAUUCAAUGCUCAUGAAAACCGAACAUUCAUGGCGAAGGGUAACUAUAGCUUACUAAGAUCUGUAGAGCUUUGAAAAGAUACUCAUGAUACUGCAAGCUAAUGUAAUAAAGCUCUGGCUCCUUGAUCAAUAUUCCUACACAGUUCGGACACUGUGAAAAGGAAGCUAUCUCCUUUUCAGUUCUGAGAAUAAAACUCUCAUCAAGCGGUUGUACACGCUUUACCAGUUUUCUGGGUGUGCAACAACUUGGUCAUAUUCCCACCGCC